AUGGGGAUAUCUAGUAAAUUCUUCUUCCCAGCCGGUUCCCAUUUUUAUAAUGGGGUCGCCGUUUCGGAUGAGCCCUUACCAUCUAUUUCUAUCCUGGGCUUCUGCCUCGUCAAUUCCCUUCUCAUGGGGCCAUUUAGCUUGGUACGUCGAUGUGUCCACAGAGAAUCUGGUCAACAAUUCGCAGUGAAAAUCGUGGAUGUGGCCAAAUUCACGUCCGCGCCCGGUCUCUCUCUCAACGAUUUAAAGAGGGAGGCGACUAUAUGUCAUAUGCUCAACAUGAGCAUAUCGUUGAACUACUACGAGACGUACUCUUCGGAGAUGCUUUAUAUGGUUUUCGAAUAUAUGGAUGGCGCCGACCUCUGCUUCGAAAUCGUCAAACGGGCGAUGUCCGGAUUUGUAUACAGUGAAGCUGUUGCCAGCCACUACAUGCGACAGAUAUUGGAGGCUCUUUUGUACUGCCACGAGAACGACAUUAUCCACCGAGACAUCAAGCCCCACUGCGUCCUCCUGGCCUGCAAGGAGAACAGCGCCCCCGUCAAGCUGGGGGGGUUCGGCGUCGCCAUCCAGCUGCAGAACGGGGACCUAGUCAACGGGGUGUCCGCUCUCUAUCCCCCUCAGUUCGGUCGAAUAGGGACGCCUCACUUCAUGAGUCCCGAGGUGGUGGAGCGUCAACCUUAUGGAAAACCGGUAGAUGUCUGGUCGGCGGGAGUGUUACUUCACAUACUCUUGUCGGGCACGCUUCCUUUUUAUGGCACCAAAGAUAGAUUAUAUGAUUCCAUAUGCCAAGCUAAGUUACACCUCAAUACAAUCACCUGGGAAUCGACCAGCGAGCACGCCAAAGAUUUAGUGAGAAGAAUGCUCACGUUCGAUCCCAAUGAAAGAAUCACUGUCAAAGAAGCUCUCAACCAUCGGUGGAUUAAGGAUCGAGACAAGUAUGCAUCCCGCACUCACUUGCACGCUACGGUGGAGGAAAUGCGCAAGAUGAACGCUCGGAGAAAACUGAAGGGGGCGGUGCUGGCUGCUGUCUCCUCUCCGAGAUGGACGUCCUUCUAUAGCGACCCCUCUCUAGAUCCUUACCCUGAACUGCCUGCCGACGACGACGUCUGCAGCACUGGAGCAGUAAGCGUGGUUCUGGACUCCCUGGAUGACAUCCAGUGCCUCCAGGAAUGUCCCGUCAAGGACCGGGACUUCCUUCUCUCGGUCCUGGAAGACACGCAGCUCCACGCCCUCCUCGAUGUAGAUGAAUGA